AUGGCCGAUAAUCACGAACACGAUGGCGCCUCGGUGCAGGAGCAGCUGAUCGAGGCCUGCCGGCGCAACAACGUCGAGCUGCUGGGCGAGAUCAUAUCGCAGUGCAAGAGCGACGCCGAGAUCACAGACCUGCUCAACAACACGACCACCGUCAUGGGCAACCACCUGUACCACGAAGCGGCGCUGCGGGGGAACUACGAGGUCAUCGACCUGCUCCUCGACCAGCCGGACUUCGAGUGCGACCCGCUGACGCGGGCCGAGGGCGACACGCCGCUGCACAGCGCGGUGCGCUGGCUCAACGGGGAGCCGGCGGCGCAGCGGCCCUUCGGCGCCGCGCUCGUCGGCAUGAUGCUCGAGGCGGGCUCGUCGACGCGCGUGCGCAACAAGGCGCGCCUCACGCCCGCCCAGCUCGUCGACCCGGCCAACCCCGAGCUGCGCGGCAUCAUCGAGCGGCACGAGUACGCCGAGCUCAACGCCGGCGACUUCGUCGACAGCAGCGGCCCGCCCCCCGCCGCCGCCGCCGCCGCGGCGAAGAAGGCCGCCGACGGCGGCAGCGGCAAGAAGAAGGGGGCCAAGGCCGCGGCCCCCGCCGGCUCCUUCGCGCGCCCCCCGCACCGUGACCACGACGGUGACGACGAUGAUGACGAUGCCGAGUUCUCCGGCAGCGACGAGGAGGAGCGCGCCGAGUGGGAGCGCAGACGCAAGGCCAAGGGGCGGUGA